UUUAUGGAACAAUGUUGGCAGCUUGGAUUUAAGACUGUGCACCCGAGGCCACGUGUUCAUCAGAGCUCCUCCAGUGUCAGUAAGAUAUUUGCACUCUGGAUACACACAGCUCACAAAUGUGGCUCUUUUCACGUGGCAGACAGGGAGAGGUCUUCACAACGCCUGAGUCAGAGCUCUCCAGCAGCUACGCCGGAAACUUUGUGUGUCUGGAUGGAAUCGGUGGUUUCAUGCCCAUGCCAAUUUUUCUUGGCUGGUGCACAGGCGACCUGGAGUCUGGUGUCAUGGUUGUUGGUUGUUGGUUGCCAUAGCAGCAGCACUCAGUGGCACCGCAGAAGAAGCAGGUGUUUGAGUUCCGGAGUUUGUCCGCGGAUAACAACAAACAACACCACGUGUUUCAAUGGAGGCCUCCUCACACAGCAGAGGUGGGAGGGGCCUGUGGAAUAAGCCCAGGGUCACCGCGUACAGCAAGCAGACCCAGGACAUGCUGAGAUUGAUGAUGCAGGAGUCCAAACUCACCAACCUUCAGAGAAAGCACAUCAAUGAAAGUCUAAGGAAUGGAACAUCUUUGCCACUGCCCCCUGACCCCAAAUUGCUACCUUCUCCCCCUAAGCCGAAAACCAGUAAAUCUGUCCAGAGAUGCCUGCCAGGCCGACCUCAAAGACGCAGUGCAGAAGCUUGCUGUUCUGGGAACAGCUACUCCAGAGAAAAGUUCUGCCCCACUGUUACCAGGGACUUAGAGAAAGAGAAGAGGAGGCUUCAGAAUAUAAUGGCAACAGGAGAAGAAGAGCCCACAUCUGCACCAUCCCCAAAUGUUCCAACAUGCUGGACCCCAGAGGUGGAGGAGGGAAACCAGUAUCAGGAGGUACUGGAUGAGAUAGAGGAAAGACGACAGUUUCUGGCAGAUAUGGCCUCUCUUGGUCAGGAGAAGCAGUACAUCCAUAUCAUCAACACGGAAAUAUCACAGAAAAUCCGAGAGCUGGAAAUACUGGACAAGUGCCGCCAAGACAUCCGCUUGGAAAGAGCAGACAACGUGGACUCGGAGGAGGCGACAGCAGAGAGGACUGACCUCUGACUCUUCACUCUUAUUCCUAAAAUUACUUUGAAAUCAAAUGCAAGCAAUAAAACAGCAAUAUCUGUCAACACAAGCCCCUGAAUCGAGUUGAUUCUGAAAGGGAUGCAUGAUGACAGAGAGGUUAGAGCUCUGUUCUGUGCUUCAGCGACAAAGAGAAGGAAGAAUUUAACUUGAAACAUACAUUAGUUUAACUUAUUUUAUUUCUCUGCCUUCCAGUGUCAGUAUUUCAUAUGAUCCUGCUGCUGCUGCUUGGGGACAUUGUAUAGAGCUGCAGAAUGACUUGGUUUCAGCUGUAGAGGAAGACAGACUCAAAGCAGAGAUAGUCAUACUAGAGUUCAACCAUUUAAAAUGGAGGACAGACAGACAGACAAUCUAAACGACAAAACAGGGACAGCAAGCAGUAAACAAUACGGGCAUUUACAUGAGUUGCAACAAUGAAGCUAAUCAAAUACAUGGCACCUGUACAAAAUGUCAGUAUUCAAACUGGUCUUAUCCACUUUUAAGGCAAAAACACAGAAACACACAGAAAGGCAUCGUAAAAUAUAAAUUAAUGAUUGCAUAUUCUGGUUUUCCCCCCAAAAGGUUAAAUCUGUUUUGUAGAGUUUUUAAAAGCCAAGUAUCUGCCUUCUCUAAUAUUCAUAAUUGUGUGUAUGACCUUCCAUAUUAAUAAAACUGUCAGUUAUAGCAUACUUUAUUUAAAGCUGUCCUCUACAACUAGCAUUGUCCAAAUCCGUCAGACUUUUUAAUCCCAGUUUAGUUUCCAAUCGCAAACAUUCAUUAAAGUAUGUGUCUCAAUUCAUCCAUGUGUUGCAUGAUGUGCAUUUACACACAUGACAGAAUCACUGAAGGAGCUAAAAACAAGGAAACUACAAACAAC